UCUUCAUAACUCCAAUUAUCGUUUAAGUCGACCAAAUCUUGCGGAACGGAUUUCUUCAUUCUGAUCGCUGUUAUCACAACAUAAUUUAACGUCUGUGAAUCUCCGUGUCGUGCUAACCCUGGAGUUUUAAAAAGCCAUAUCAUGUUACACUUACAGGCUGGAAUUGAGUUGGUCUCAGACCAGGGUUUAACGAUAACGUGCUGAAUCAUCUACCCUAAGAACAUGGAUGAAACCAAUUUGAUCAUUUGCAUAAUCAGGAGGUUAGGCAUUAGAUGCGCAUUAUGCAUUUCAGACAGACGUUCAUGACAUUCAAGAUGAAUGCUGCAAAGAUUUCCACGUUGGUUUUCCUGUUUGCUGUGGUCGGACAAGGUGAAAGUGGUAGAAGAGCGCCGCCUGGCCCCCCGCCAUGCCCUCUUCAGCCACCCAAGGUAUGGGUGUUUGAGAUGCCAAUCUAUCCCCCUCCGCUGUCAUACCUAAAUUCCUCUGGAGGUUUUACAGGGCUUUACAGUGAACUUUUGCAGGCAGUUUGCGAGAUAGCUGAAAAAGAAUGUGAUUACACAACAAUACCGGUGCAGCAAUGUAUGGAAGCUGGCCCUAGCGGAGAAAAUAUAGCCGGGGAAGGUCUGAUGGCAGAAUGGUUUGACGGCUGUUUUGGCUACGGGAUCACCACAGAACGCCAGCAACAAGUGGAGUUCUCCAAUCCGUUUUCAACAUUAAAAUCCAACAUGAUGGUCCUGCCAAGCAGUCCUUUGGUUGAAACACAGAACGUGACUGGGAAGAUAGUCGUGUUUGCUGGGGGCACAUUGUCUUCGCCCCAGUGCCUCAUAAACCAUGGCGUGACGGGUUUUGAGGCAAUCUUCGUAAAUGGACACGCUGCAGGGUUGGAGGCCCUUGAAAGCGGUGAAGCGGACGCUUUAUUCAACAGUAACAAUGCACUGAACACAGAAAGUGCAGAACUCGUCAUCAUCAACCCAGCCGGAGCAGGCACCGAUCCCGACAUGCAGUGCAUUUCCGGUACCGCCCUUAUGACCAAAAAAGGCAGCGAGGCCAUUGAUUGGUGGAAUGAGGCGUUGGAGACGUACAAGGCUUCUGGGGAGUUCUUAAGUUUGUGUGAGAAGUACCUGGAAAUUGGGCGGCAGUUGUACUUCGACAAGAUAGGGAGUUAUCCCGAGGGAGCCAAUGUUCACGAUAUUUGUUUUCUAGACUAAUUGACCAUGUAAAUGAUGAUAUGGCAGUGAGAGGCACUUAAAACUCUUUGAGCAAUAGAGAAAUUAAUACUCAGAGAGAUCAGACCAAAUAUUUUAAGUUGACUGUAAUGUUGAAAACAUGCAUGUCACUAAUUCUAGAUGGUAUUUAUAGAAUGGGGUAUAAAAAUGAACCAAAUAA